CGUUGUUUUAGCAACCAAGCAAAUCGACAGUCUACAAAUAUAUCCACCCUCAUUUCCAAAACCAUCUCAAUUUCCAAUCGGCUUGCCAAAUCCUUCAUUACUCUUUAUCGUUAACAACAAAAUUAUGGCUCCAAUAGUCUCAAAACUUGGCAUCAUUGGUGCCGGUGUAAGUGGCAUAGCAGCAGCCAAACAACUAGCCCAUUACAACCCCAUCAUUCUCGAGGCCUCUGACUCCAUUGGAGGGGUUUGGAGGCAUUGUUCUUACAAUUCCACAAAACUUCAGUCCCAUCGAUGUGACUAUGAGUUCUCUGACUUCCCUUGGCCUGACAGGGACAACACUGAUUAUCCUUCUUACCUUGAGAUAUUGGACUACUUGAAAUCUUAUGCUGAGCACUUUGAUGUGCUUAAGUUUGUCAGGUUCAAUUCCAAGGUGGUCGAAGUCCGGUUCGUUGGUGACCGGGAAACUACUGAUUUUGGUGUCAAACCUGUGGAGUUUCAGAGUCUCUCGCCGGCCGGCGGUCAGCCUGUUUGGGAAGUUGCCGUCCAGACCAAUGAUUCAGAGACCAUUCAGUGGUAUGCCUUCGAGUUCAUUGUGGUUUGUAUCGGAAAAUAUGGUGAUACACGCAAACUUCCAGAGUUUCCACUCAACAAAGGGCCUGAAGUAUUUCAAGGUCAGGCUCUUCAUGCUCUUGAUUACUGCAAACUGGACAAGGACGCUGCUUCUGAAUUGCUAAAGGAUAAGGAGGUCGUUGUGGUUGGCUACAAAAAAUCAGCCAUUGAUUUAGCUGUCGAGUGUGCUGAAGCAAACCAAGGACCAGAAGGCAAACCAUGCACCAUGGUGGUAAGGACUUUACAUUGGAUUGUUCCCCAUUACUGGAUUUGGGGCUUGCCGUUUUUCUUGUUCUACUCAACAAGGUCUUCACAGUUUCUCCAUCAAAGACCAAACCAAAGUUUCCUGAGAACCCUCCUUUGCUCUCUAAUUAUGUCUCCAAUGAGGCAUGCAGUUUCAAAAUUUAUUGAAUCAUAUUUGCUGUGGAAGAUGCCUUUGGAGAAGUAUGGCCUAAAACCGGAUCAUCCAUUUGAGGAAGACUAUGCAUCCUGCCAGAUGGCUAUCAUGCCGGAAAAUUUCUUCCCCGAGGCGGAUAAGGGAAAAAUUGUGUUCAAAAGAUCAACAUCAAAAUGGUGGUUUUCUGCUGAUGGAAUUGAAUUUGAUGACAACACUAAGAUAAAAGCUGAUGUUGUGGUCCUUGCAACUGGUUAUGAUGGUAAGAAAAAACUCAAAUCCAUCUUACCAGAGCCUUUUCGCAGCUUGUUGGAAUGUCCUUCUGGUAUCAUACCCUUAUACAGGGGAACAAUUCAUCCUUUGAUCCCAAACAUGGCUUUCGUGGGUUAUCUCGAGAGUGUUUCAAAUCUUCACUCUUCCGAAUUGCGUAGCAUAUGGCUGGCCAGGCUGCUGGAUGAUAAAUUUAAGCUUCCAAGUGUGCAGAAAAUGCUUGAGCAAACAAGUAAAGAAGUGGAAAUCUCAAAGAAAACAACCAGGUUCUACAGGAGGCAUUGCAUUUCUACAUUUAGCAUCAACCACAGCGACGAAAUUUGCGAGGAGAUGGGAUGGACAUCUUGGAGGAAGAAUACUUGGUUGGCAGAAGCAUUUAGCCCCUAUGGAAGUCAAGACUAUCUGAACAAACAUUGAACCUAGGGUUUGCAAUACCUAUUAAAUUUAUAAUUGACAGUUAGUUUACAUAAGUAUACUAAGAAUAAAGAAAACCUGGCUCCUUACUGAAACAGUAACGAAUUAUUGUGCCAUGUAUAAGCAAUUCAGAAUCUAUUUAAUUAUCUCAAUAAAAGAUUUCUCCAUUGUUUA